UUUUGUUAUCAGUGAACAUGCUUACAGCGAUAUCAUUUGCAUGAGAGCAAACACAAGAACAAGUCCCUGAAGAUUCACUGGCUCACAGGGCACAGAACAUAACUGCUGGGAAGUAAAGUUCUCUGACCAAAGUUCCAAAGCCUGCUUGCUUCAUAGCUGCCCAGAAUGGCAAACACUUCAGUGUGUUGUAUUUUUGAUGAGCCUGUCUUGGACCAGUUUCUGCCCCCUGUUCUUUUCCUAGAGUUCAUUUUUGGCCUCUCUGGAAACAUUCUUGCCCUCUGGAUGUUUGCCUUCCACAUGGACAGCUGGAAGCCCAACUCCAUCUAUCUGGCUCACCUGGCUGUAGCCGACUCUGUGGUCCUCUUCUGUCUGCCCUUCAGGGCAGACUACUACCGCAGGAGCAAGAACUGGAUCUACGGAGAUGCCUUUUGCCGAAUCCUGCUUUUCCUUCUUGCAUCCAACAGGGCUGCCGGCAUCUUCUUCCUCACAGCAGUGGCUGUGGAUCGCUACCUGAAGAUUGUGCAUCCACUCCACCGUAUCAAUCGGAUGAACUUGACCUACGCUUUGUGGGUCUGCUGCGGCUUGUGGGUCGUUAUCAUAGCAAUGACGGUCUACCUGCUGACUACUGAGCACUUUUACCACUAUAAUAAUCACACCCAGUGCGAGAGCUUCAACAUAUGCUUGGGGGACAAUCCACUCUCCAACUGGCACAACUCCUUCUACGUUAUCCAGUUCUUCGUGCCCGCGACCAUUGUAGUUUUCUGUACAGCCCGUAUCACGUGGCAGUUGAAGAACAAGACGGUAGACAGCCAGGGCAAGAUCAAGAGGGCCGUUCAGUUUAUUUUCAUCGUCGCAAUGGUCUUCAUUUUCUGCUUUUUUCCCAGCACUAUCUCUCGGAUUGCGGUUUGGAUCCUGAAAUCAUGGUACACUGAGUGUCUAUUCUUCCGUGAAGCAAAUCUAGCCUUCUACACUUCGGUCUGCUUCACCUACUUCAAUAGUGUCCUCAACCCUCUGGUUUACUACUUCUCCAGUCCUGCAUUCAGCGGAACUUUAAACAAACUCAUUCAAAAGAUCAGAGGGAAAAAAACGGGGGAGCAAAACCCAGGAAACAACCCUGACAGUCCGGUUACGGUAACACGCAAUCUCAGCUAAAGUUACACAGAGAAAUGUAUAUUGCAUGACAGGACAAUUACUGUACAUUACUGUCCCAAACUUGUUUAAAUGUUUGUAUGUUUUCAAUUGUUGUGUAUAAAUGUAUAAACUGACUCUAAUAUAGGCUAUUAGUCCUGGGCAACCUCACAGGUUUCAAAUAAUUAGUAGGAUAUUAGGAAACUGUAAAUAAAAAAUAAGAAAUUUUAGAUGUGUCCAGUAUGAUAAAUGACUGAGAAAUCUGGAGAGCAUCAAGUUAAAAUUAAUUAAUAAAAAUAACAUCCAGAAUUUAGGUGAUCAAAUUUGUGGAGAUCAAAUUUCA